GUGUGGGCUGGAAGCUCUUCCACACCCCUCUGACUAGAACACACUUCCGGGUUUUUCUCCCGUCAUCGGCUGUUUUUGUUUUUUCCAGUGGAGAGCUGCGGUCGCCGCUGUCUUAGGACGGAACCAUGUCUCUCUUGUUGGACAAGCAGUUCGCAGAACUUCCUGCAGACAAGUCUGUUGACACCAAGACGUUCUUGGACAACGUGUCGACCCUGCCUCCGUUUUUCGACUGCUUGGGAUCAAAAGUGUUUUCGAUCAUCAAAUCCGACAUUAACGGGAAUAUAACGAAAAUUAGAGCAGUUUAUGAUCAGGAUCCUACAAAGUAUGUCACCUUGCAGGAUAUUGUGGAAGCAGAGAGGGAAACCCACAAAGGAGAGUGGCCUAAAGUUGGAGCGACUCUCGCUCUCAUGUGGCUCAAGAGGGGUCUCCGUUUCAUACAGGUUUUGUUGCAGAGUUUGGCCGAUGGCGACAGAGAUGAGAACAACCCUAACCUUAUUCGGGUCAAUAUCACCAAAGCUUAUGAGCACGCUCUGAAGAAAUACCACGGUUGGAUUGUUCAAAAAGUUUUUAAUGCGGCGCUAAUUGCAGCUCCCUACAGAUCAAACUUCCUCAAGGCCCUGUCAAAGGGAGAAGAAGUAAAAGAAGAGGACUGUCUGGCAAACAUACGUGUCUUCCUGGUAAAUUAUACGCCCACUGUAGACGCCAUCUACGAGAUGUACUCUAACCUCAACGCAGAACUGGACUACACAGUUUGACGUCUGAGGAUGAAGCUGGACUUGAGGUUCAGGAGCGACCCACAGCUCCUUCAGGGUGUAACUCAAGUCCAGUUUUCAAAGGUUCUUUAAAAGGGGUGCUUUCCGUCUUUUUUGUUCUAUUUAUUACUCUGAUUAUGCCUUACUCAAUAUAUUUAAUGUAUUUUUCUUCCUUAAAUUGGAAGAAAAAUGUGGUUAAAAAUGCUUUUUUUUUGCAGGAUGAUUAAACUUAACUUUAUAUCAUCCUAUAGUCAGGAUGUUGUAACAGUUGGUUUUUGCUGCUUCAUUUAUGAGAUCACUGUGUGCCUUUCAUCUUUUUUAACGCCACCAAAGAAAUUCAUCAAAGAAACAUUCCUUUCAUCUUUGCAGGUGUAAACUUUGUUUUGGCUGAAUCAAGGCUGAACAUUUUCAUUUUGCUUUUUUUUUGUGUGUCUUUUUUUAACCUUUGAUGUUUCACAUUUUAUACUUUUGUGUGAAACAUCCUUCCAGUGAAGAUAAUGUGAAUCUUUUGUGUUGCCUUCAUUGUCUUGUGUGACCUGUUUAUAAUCAUCGUGUGUGGCUGAAUGAAAUCAUGUCAGUUGUGCAAGUAUUUAUAGAUCUUUUCUGAAUGAAUACACUGAAAAUAAAUUAAACCUUUCUGGUAAAUCA